CGCGAGUUUGGCAACGCUGUGCACGCAUGCGCGGUGGCUCAAAGCGGCGCAGCUAGCGGGCUGCCGACAUGGCGCCGUCGAUGAGCAAAGAAGAAUUAAUGAGGAAUUCUGACCCACUAGUUUGGGAACUAGGGGGAACAGCUGACGUGAAAAAGACUGAAAGGUUUUGUGAACGCUUAUGGAUUGCCUUGAAUGGAAGAUGCUGCAACGUAAUUAUAGUGAUAGCAGUUAUUAUUGAGAGUCUAGUCAUCAUCUCCGAGCUGCUUAUAGGCCUAGAAUUUAUUCAAGAUCCAUCGGUGCAACCAAAGAAUUAUAACUGCUCACUCAAUCAAACAUCUGCACCUCCCCAUCACAGUGUGAAGUUGAAAGCUAUCCAAGCUACUCUAUGUUAUUUAAGCCUUGCUCUGCUUACAUUGUUUUUAAUAGAGGUGUUGUUUAGGAUGUUAACAGGAAAAACUAGGUUUCUAUUUCAAGGAUGCGAGAUUUUAGAUGGCAUAAUAGUGAUCACAGCCUUCAGCUUGGAUGUAGCAUUUUUUUCAUCAUCCCCUGAAGACAAGGCAAAAGAAGCUGCUGUUCUGAUCAUUCUACUGAGGGCGUGGCGGAUAAAAAGAGUGAUUGACAGUAUUGUUGAUGCCGAGAAACUCAAGCUGAGUAAUGUGAUCAGUGAAUACCAGAGAGAGAAGACAAUAUCAGAAAAUAAAGGAGAAGUUCUUAUUUUGAAGGUGGAGGAUUUAGAGCACGAAAUUGCCUAUUUCAAGGAGAAAUUAAAGAAAACUGAGAAGGAGCUACAGGUGCUGAGGAAGCAUCGGAAACGAGACAGUGCUUCCUCUUCAUCAUCAAGUACCCGUCAUCCAUCAGUCACCAUAGGCAUAGAAACUAGUCCUGUGAUGUCUGUCACAGCAGAAACCCAAACCAUUGAUUCUGGCUGCAAGUUUUGUUCUCAAUCACCUGGGCUCCACAUGUUUGCGAUCAACCUUACCGAAGGGGUUCUACAUGACGCACUCUCCUUUGUUCAAACCGACGGAGCGGGCGACGUGCCUCUGAGGCACCCACUACUCACUAAGCCACCUACAACCACUAAACGAUCGUCCGCGGGCCUGAGCCCCGUCACAGCCAAACCAACCCCGCGGCAUCCACCGAGUUACAUAACAAGUGUCGUGGUUGACUCCAUUGAGAGCACAGACAGCCCAGAGAGCGGAUACGGAUCGGGGGGUUCGAGUGCCAUUACAGGAAGUGCUAACAGACACGCUCCACGUGCUGCAACCAUAUUUCUGUUUCCCGAGCCAGGUGCAAUGCACUUUGGCUCCACAUCUCCUGGACCAAGAUCACUGCACGAACAGUUGGACAAGCAACAUCAGCUCUCUGUAGAGAUGGAUGUCUUGGACGAGGCCUCGGAGAUUGAACGCAUUGGUCAGAUCGAGUUCGAUCCCAAUGGGCAGGAUAAGGACAUUCCAAUGACAUCGCUGUAAGCUGGGAUGGUGGAAAGGACAACAGAAGGACAAGCCUCUCAUUGAGACACAUCCCCAUCAGCUUUACCAGUAAUACCACAGGAAAGCUUCCGAAGAGGACAGAUCAGAGCAACAGUGAGGAAAUUUGCAAAGCGAACUUGCAGGGUGAUGCAAGGUUAUCCCAGCUUUCGAAAUUAUGGAAAAUGACCCUCUGUAUCUGCUCAUACACUGUAGCUCUCAAGGGAAAAUGAGCAGAGUACUCUGCCUACAUAGGUAGUAUUACUAGGAUAACAAGGAGGAUAGGAGAACAAGGAACACGGGAUCAACACAACGGCUGGUCCUUUUGGUUGCACCAAUCGGAUCAAGUUGUGGAAGGUGAUGCGUAGAGCUUUGUUCUUGUCACACAUGUUUUUGGUGAACUAUGCUAUACAGUGUAAUUGAAAGCGAGAGCAUAAGCAAAGUAAGAUAAUCUUAGCUUACUGUUAUGUGAUGAUGUAUGCGUUAAAUAACACUGCAAGCGCGCACACAAUCUGAUUGCACAUGACAUGUAUGGUCGGAGCGCAUAACCGUUUCGAAAAACACCUAAUGGGGAGGCAAAAGAACAUUCACAGUGAGCACACUUGCAUUCUUCCAACUCACUGAGUCUCUUCUGGUUUUACACACUGGGCACAUUUAGCUAGCAAAAUGGAGAAACGGAAGCCAUACUUGUUGCCAUUCCUGGUAUAUAUAUCCACGUGUGCAUUCUGGUUUUCGAGCGGCUUUGCAAACUCAGUUAGGUUCCUAUUGGCCAUGCUACACAGUGGCACAUGGUUAAGGCCCCUGGUUUUCUGCAACGCGGAAUCCCUUAUUUUAGCAUGGAAUUUGGUGGAAUGCCUUAUUUUUAGAGUCUGAAGUUCUAGGGUUUAACCUGAUUCUUCCCCAAAUUUGCACCCUGAAUUGAAGGUUGCCACUUUAUGGGGAAACCCAAUUCUUAACUGGCCAAUUGCCCUCACUGAAACAUCUGUAGGAACAAACACUAGUUUGUUUGGCAGUAAACACAAUUACAUCACCGUUUGUACCAAACCAGUACAAUUCGUUUGAGUAAUGCAGCCAAAUUUCUCCCCGAAUUUAGCAUACUGGGAGUUUUUCCGCCCGAAUUUGCAUGAAUUUAGAGCGCAUGUUUAUUUCCUCGAUUUUUUACUCCCAUCGAAUUUGGAAAAAAAAUAUUUCCCCGAAGACUUCAGGCUCUACUCGUUUCGCUCGAAAUUUUGCGGUGUUUUGCACAGAAUUUUAUAGAGGUUCGAUUGGGUCGAAGGACGUGAUUGGUGCGAGGUGGACGGUUACUACGACGUGCAGCAUAUCACGGCAGUAUUGCACAUUCACGCAAAAGAGCGUCAAAUAAAAGCGCGUGCAGCACGCGCUCCUAACUGCUCCAAGAUACACGUGACCCUUUUGACAAGUACUAAUUAGGUUUUGGAACAGAAUGAGGGUGCUUUCUUCGAAUAGUGCGUCUAUCGUGAUCAGAUAUUUGUCAUUUCCUAUAAACUCUGUACAGUCAAACUCCUUUACAACGAAACUCAGGGGACAGCAAAAAAAAUUCGCAGUAAAGGUAUUUUCGUUAAAAAGGAUGUCUAUUAUUGGACCUAUAGGCUCCAGCGGGACCGCAAAAAAAAUUUGCUGUAGUGGUAUUUUCGUUAAAAAGGUGUUUGCUAUAAAGGAGUUUGACUGUAGAUGCUGAAAGAUUCUUCAGCAAGUAUAAAAUGAUUGUAGGCGACAGACUGCAUUCGCUGUCAGAGGAGAACACACGAUAUCACGUAACGCUGAGCCACAACAGUGCUUUGAAUCUGUUAGUUUAUAAAAUAUCUUUUGUUCCCACAUUAUCGAAGAAAAUAAAGUGUUUCAAGCAGCCGUUGACACCUCAUCGUGGAAUUUACGAGUCAGUCUCGCGGAAUUUUGAAUUUGCCGCGGCAGAAAACCAGGGGCCUUACACAUUGUAAUGGAGGCCAAAUUCUACUGCUGUAUUACACGGGUAUCUGUGCUGCAUGUGUGGCGUGGUUAUAACAGUGUGUGUGACCAUACAGAGUGCAAUAGAAGUAAUUACCUCUCAUUGAUUGCAUUUACCAUCUUGCAAUAAGUAUUAGAAUUAGACAUUCGAAGCGCACCCCUAGGGGUGCGUGAUUGAAGUCGUUCCAAACAACUUUUAGUGUUGUAACGCCAUGCAGUUGAUUUGCUAAGCAAUGCUUGACGGACUAGAAGCCAUUCAUACAAGCGGGUACACUUUUCCUAAGUGCUGCAUUUAGUUAAUCAAAAUAACUUGUUACCUCCAUCGUUUCACCUUUUGUGCAGUUCGCGGUACGCUUCGUGAAUGCUCAAACGUAUGUGGGAACUUGAGAUCUGUCACUGCCACCGCUUACAGUAAAUUUCCGUUAAUUCGAUCCUGGCAGGAAUGUGAAAUUCGAUCGAAUUAUCGGAAGGUCGAGUUACAGAAUAGCUGGAAAAAGUAGUUUGUGAUAGUCUUUUUUGUGAUGGAACGCCCUUUGGCAUUGUUUGCAUGAGGAGCUCCAGGGCGUUGAGUCCAGCUUCAACGUCGACAGCACUUGGUUGCUCACGCCACACGCUCUCGGCAAAAUCGUCUUGAGUUUUGCGCCCGCCAUCUUCCGCACAGCAGGACACAGUGCUCACAACAUCGGCGUCCGUAAGUGGUCCACACACUUCAACUUUGUUGUCCGCUCAACGGUAAUAGGCUCUUGACUGCGCAUUCCCCCCGCACACGCGUCAUCCUUAAAUGCCAAUGUCCACUCGGGAAGUAUCUUGUAGUAAGGCGCAGUUUCAUCCGCGUUGAAAAUAUCACUGAGUUUAUAACUGUUCAACAUGUCGUACAGUCCAUCGUUCGCCCAACACGUACACACCUCUGGGUUGACGUCUGCAUGCUCACCGCAAGCUGCCUUGAAGGUGAGAUUGUGACGGCUUUUGGAACCUUGUUAACCAGCCAUCCGAACAAACAAAACCAGGGGCAUUGAGCAUUGCUGCAGACACCUUGUCCUUCUCACACACAAUAGAUCUGCCGAGGGGCAAGUUUCGACUUCUCAUAUCGCGGGUCCAUUGUAGCUCUGCAUCCUCCAUGUCAGGAGGCGCCGGUCUCCGCAUUCAUUUUCUAUGUUCUAGUUCUCCUCGUGAAGAGACUCCAAGAUCUUGUCCUUGUUGGUGAAGGUGGCAAGCGUGCUCUUCGUCACGCCAUAUAUUUCUAGGCUAUCUCUUUUAGGCUGAGAUGGCCUUUUUGCAACAUCUUCGAGAACAGCUACCUUCGAUCGACAGUGUCUUGUAUCUGCCAAUUGUUGCCAUGGCCGACCGGAGUUGUGCGCAAAAGCGAAAGCACCGUGAAACGUCAAACGAAAAACAGAGAGAAAAAAAUGAGAAAAGGGACAUUUCCUCGUCGCCUGGGAUGAUGUGGCGGGCUUGCACCAUUGGCUGUGCUGACGCUUUGCGAGCAUGCAGUUGGUGGUCCUUCAUUACCGCCACUAAAUGGAUAUUAUUGGUACCGAUCAGUACUGUUCAGUCUCCAUCUGCCACCGUAGCUUUAGGGCAAACGUUUCUGUUGCUGUGUGCGGUGCAACGUCGGCGAUGCAGAUGCCUGGUACGCAGACGCAUCGUCAGAUUAUACAACGUUUUGCCGCGGGCACCGCCAUAUUGAAAGCGCAGCGCCGUCUAGCCGGGGGAGCACGUUCAAAACCGUUUACCACCCAAGCAAGAGAGGAGGAAAGCCUGCUUACUCUCUGGUCUCGCUUUCCUCCUCGCUGGCUUGGGCAGGCUGCAAAAGCGCUGGGUGUGAGGCUGGCUGGAAAACGGUGUAUAUGAUGUGGACUGUUUUCAUGUUCCAAUUAAAAAAAAAAGAUUGUCAAUAGAAACAUACAGGCAUUAUUUGAUGGGACUUUCGAAUUUGAUCGAAUUAAACGAAAAAAAGAAUUAUCGGAGGUCGUCUUAACGGAAGUCUACUGCGUUGAGAUUUUUUCUUCUCCUCUAUCAAAUUUUACCCACUUCUGGUCACCGUCACGUUACACUUUUCUAGUCAUGAUUGCUUUACGUAAGGAGCCUUGUGUUUGAAAGUUGAACCCGGUAAAAUCUCCCCGUUUGCAUUGUUUGUCACUUGGGGGUAAAACCUGAAAAUCCCCAAAAAUGAGCCUGCCAUGAAAUACUGGUAUACCCUAUUUUACACCUCCCGAAAUAAAACCUGAUUCUCCCCACACACACAUACAAAAAUUGGAAGAAGAAGAAACCCCCAAAAAACACAUAGCCUAUUUAUGUACCAUGUUGUCCCUACACAAAAUGCUUUGCUUGCCGAUAUCUCACAUUUUACGUUCCAGAUGGAGGCGAGUUCAAAUUAGAGCACUGCUCGGGCUUAGCCCGGCUUGGCUCGGGUUUGACCAUUAUGGGCCCGGGCUGGUACAUUGCUGGGCCUAGGUCGGUCUCGAGCCUAUGUUACCCCUCUCUUAGAUAGCCACGGUCAAAUUAUGCAGCCUGAUACACUGGGCUGGGCCGGGCCAGGUAUCCUAUAAAUUUCAAGGGCCGGGCUUGUGCCGGCACCAGGCGGGUAAAUCAAGGGAAGCUCGGGCCGGGCCUGGGCCCAAAAAUGCAUCCCGUGCAGUGCCCUAGUUCAAAUACCCAAAAAGAACAACAACUGCUGGCAGCACGAAUGCGCUGCAAACUUUUCAGGAGUGCUGGCAGCACAUAUACAUUUACACAUGAACAUGCCAGCUGUAAUCCGCGAGACUUUUCCUCUGGUAUACUUGACUAGUACAAAUUCAUCUCGUGCCAAGAACAUUUCUCCAUUUUUUUACGCGACGCGUGCACGCCAGAACAAUGCUGUAUCUAUACGUGCACGUGCCCAUCAUUCACAAUCCCCCAACAACACCGAAUGGAUGUCGUGUAGACGUCCUAUGGAUGUACGAAUGAUGUCUUGAUGAAUUCGUACAUCCAGAGGAUAUUCGGUGCUGUUCGGGAACUAGUGUAGAAAAGAGAUGGCUCUCGUACGACGGCGAGACAGGUUGCUGUGAUGCCAGCAAUCACCCGGUGCAAUCAACAUGAACUAACACUAAGGACAAAGUGCAGACAACAAGCCAAGUCACAAAGACAUGUUUUUUCCAUUAUUUUCUCCCUACACUCGUCGGUGUGUAAUGGAUGCAUUGCUCUCGGGUGAUUGUUGGCGUACGCAGUGGACUAUGCACGAGCUAUUUUAACGAGUAAACGAUGCAGUAGAAUUUCAUAUGACUGAUCAUCUCCUGAGGUAUAAGAUAUGUGCUUCAUUCAUGCCCAAAUAAUAAAGUGUUGUCUGGUUUGAGAGCAGGAAUACUUGAGAAAGAGGUAAAAUGUGAGCGCUCCCAAAUAAUAAGGGCCUUAUUCGUACGUGUAUUACAUAUUGCUUGUUUAGUUGAAAUCAGAACCUACCAAAAACGUGGAGUAUCUAUGUUUGCUAUUUAUUUAUUUGUUAUUUUAAGAAACACGUCUGAAUGUAGAUAGAAUUGUUUUUGACAAAACGAAAAAGAUAUGUGCCAUUAUAAGGCCUAAAAUGCUGCUGUUGCUUUCCAUUCCUGCACCUAAAACAAGUGUGAGAAAAACUACGUGCAACAGUACCAAAGGUGAUAUUGCCAGGCUGAAUGUAAAGGUGUGAAGCAAACUGCUGUGAGCCUGUCGCCCACUUCGAUAUUGCAGCCUUGCUUCUCGGGUGCACGAAAGCACAGUGGCUUAUAUGUUUGCAUUCCUUCUAUUCUAAGACUUCUUUUCCAUUUGUGCCCCCAAUUCGAUGAGAUGGGAGUAUGCUAAUGUGGCAUGCUAAUGUGGCAUGCAUGCACUGAAGUUUCGAAUCUUGGAGUCGGAUUCGUAGUGCAGCUCUCAUCACACUAAAUGGGAACACGUUUACUCAAAGGCACAUCAUAUGACAAGAGCAACGCUUACCUCUAUCUGCUUCCAGUUUUACUUUCAGCCAAACGGCUACAGAACUGUUGCUAGGGUAAUGUUUCUAUUCCUCUCGUUGUUGCACAAUUUUUCACUCAGUGUAUACUGAAAGAAGAUAUUUUUGCACAAUUCCCCUACCCUCUUCCACUACAUUCUAGAUCUGGUUUGUUGUAUAAUUGUCUUGAGAAUGCUCUUGAGAAAGCCGAGAUACAUAUAUAUCUAUACAUACAUGUAUAACUUGUUCAUUCCUUGUUGACUUUUGGCUUGGAGUGCAUUGAUUACCUUCAUUUUGCUCUUGGACAAACAUUAUUCUUACUGAUUCUAGUCAGCUGUGAUGUAUGUCAUUUGUUGUUAUGUCUCUCUGUAUGUUGUCUUGAACACUGUAGUGAGCGUAUUGUUAACCUUUCGCAGCAUUUGUUUUUUGCAUUUCUACGUGAUGCUGAACCUCUCUUUCUCGAUUUUAUGAUAUCUCUAUGUUCUCCUUUACAGAACACGCAUGUAUUUUUUUAUAGUGUUUGGACUUUCCAUGGUUUCCAUUUCAUGUGUUGCACAUGUGUGAGGUGAUGAACCGUUGAAAUAAUUAUGCAUGUCUCAAGAAAGAAGCUGCAUGGGCAUUUUUGAGGCACCCUAACCGAUGUACUAGUAGCCGCAAAUUAUGCUGCGCUAACACUUUUCUUGUGCAAACAAGAAUGUGUGUGACUCCCAUCUUCUCCCGAUGUGGGACGCACUCUGUAAAAAAGAAAAUUUGAAGUGUAGGUAACGGACAUCAGAAAUCUCAACUAGUGAAGCGUGCAAAUGUUUGAAGCUAUUUGGUGUGCUUCAAGAUGAUGGCACAUGGAAUCAAAUUGUCUUGUGAAUGCAAUUGUUUAGACGUGAUUGGAAAGAAAAUGUAGAGUAGCAUGUUGGCUUACACGGAAGUUGGUAAUGCAAGUGUGAACCAUGCCAUGGUGAGCUGUUGUACUCUACGUUAAACGGGACGGUUCAAAGGAUACAAAGGAGAAAAACGCUCGAGGACAGGCUUGUCUCGUGUCCUUCACAACCGGUAUCCUUUUGAGAUAAAUAAAAGAAUAACUGUCUACGGGUCAGCUUGCAUCACCAAUUGCGAGGCAACGUGUGUGAGGGCACACGCCACCACCCAAUACCACCUAGAUUGUAUUCAGGUGACUGUAUCUCAGACAUGCCAUGCUUUCAUCUCCCUAGUGCAAAGAUGUGGCACAUUGAGUCUGUGGCCUUGUCAAGAAGAAUAUUUUUCCUUACUUUCAACAAUUCUGAUGAAAGUACAAAGUGUUGUAUUCCGCUCUCUGUGUGCGUUAUGCAGAGAGCUCCUCAAGUAUUCUUUUGCCGUCUGUCUAGAUAUAAGGUUGAGCAAUGUGUCGUGGUACUUGAGAAGUCCCCCCCCUCCCCCCACCCAGUCUUUAUUUCACCACUAGGUGUACUUCAAUAAUUUGGAGAAAGAAAUGUUUCCUUGCCUGACCAGUGUAUACAUAAGAAUUUUAAUGCUGGUGUGUCAAACGCGAAGGUGCAUAUUUAUUUUUCGAGAUGAAUGCUCAUAUAAAUGAAGUGAUAAUAAGAAUAAAAAAUUAUCAAAAUAUUUCAAAAACA